AUGGACUCAAACAAGAAACCACUCCUAUUCUUAGACAUAACACUGUGUGAUUUUCCAACAGACCCUAUCAAAACCCUCAUUGACUCAGGCGCUACCUCCAACUUUAUAUCCCUGGCCUUAGUCAAAAAGCUAAAAAUCCCAAAAACCCUACUUGAAAAUCCACAAGUAGUGAGAAUGUUAGACAGUACUAUAUCCCAGACUGGCUGCAUUUGGCACCAGGUCCAACUUGCAGUUUUGGCCAACAGCCACCCACACUCCAUUCCUUUCCUUGUAUGCCCCAUAGGGAACACCCCUGCCAUCCUAGGCAUGACUUGGCUGACUCAGGAGUCACCCCUCAUUGAUUGGUCCCUAGGUACCAUUACUUUCCCUGACCAAGUACAAAUAGCCUCAGAGGAAGAAGCAGACCCCAAUCUGUUGGCAGACCUUCCCACACAAUACCAUGAAUUUGCCAAAGUAUUUGGGGAGGAAGAGUUCAAGGUGCUCCCCCCACAUAGGGAGUACAACAUUGCAAUUGACCUCACCCUGGAUGCCAAGCUCUCCCCUGGACCAAUUUACAGCAUGACAGAUGCGGAGUCCAAGGCACUGAAACAACACAUUGACAAGAAACUAGCAACAGUGUUGUAG